UCGAUUAUAUUCCGAUUAUUGCGGCAAUCGCGCGUUUGUGGUGCCUUUCGUUAUAAACAACGUGAUUACUUGUUGCUGUUAAGCUAUUUAUGUGAUUUCUUAGCACAAUGCCCAGCAAACCCAACAUACCGAGUAUACAAUUGGGCGAUUAUAUUGUUAUACAACGCCAAAAGUACACAAAACUGCAGAAAUUUGGCAGUCUUGAUGCGACGGCCACCUUGGGCAAGGAGCACCUGGAGCUGAAGUCGCUGCUCGAUCAGCCAUAUGGCUCUACAUUUAAGAUGUGUGUUAAGGAGUCGAAGGCGGGAAAACGGGGGGCACAGCGACAGCAUACCCUUGAACUGGUUAGCGAGAAUGAGCUACGAAGCAUUCGCGAUGUGCUAAAUAUUUCCAGCAGCGGGGCUGAUAAUCGCGACAUUAGCGACAAUGGAGAAGCCCAAGCACUAAAAUCCGAGGAUAUCGAGCAACUGCGUGAAGAGUGCAGAGAGUCCAGUAAGAUCAUUGAGAAGCUGGUGGAGAACUCAAAAACAUUUCACACGCGCACCGAAUACUCGCAGGACAAAUACCUCUUGAAAAAGGAGAAGAAAUACUUUGAGUUUGUGCAAAUCCGGCAGCCAAGCAUACGGCUAAUGACCGAUAUAUUCCACAGACAGGAUGCCGAAAAGAUUAUGGGCAUCCGAGUGGACACGCUCUCCCAAAUCAUCUCGUAUUCCGGCGUAUGUGGCUUUGGCAGUUAUCUACUAUACGAGAGCGGUACUAAUGGCUUGCUGCCUGCUGCCAUGCUGAACUCCAUAGGCGCGGCUACAGAUGCCACAUUGGUGCACAUGCAUCCGGGGAAUGUGCCACAAAAGCAAGCAUUGCUGGCAUUGAAACUUCCCCUGGAGCAACAGCAACGCUGCAUCUCCGUUAAUUUGUAUUCUGUACUGCGAGAAUUCUACCAGGGUGAUAGAAAACUAGACGUCUCAAUUGCUACUGAGGCAGCAGAUGCCACGCAAACAGACGAAAACAGUGUAACAACAUCUGAGGAACAGACUGACGCAGUUGAGCCCACGACGAAGAAGCCCAAAUUGGAUGAAUCCCCCAACUUAAACAACAGAUCAGGGCCACUUCGUUGGCAAGUGGAGAACAAACGUGCCUCUGCGCUAAUGCACGAGAAAUUCGAUAACCUCGUCAUGGCUGCCAAGGAACACCCAUCAAAUAUUGUUGAAGCAUUGUUGCCUCUUGUAAAACCAUCACGACCCAUCGUCAUAUUUAGCACUUGCAAGGAACUGCUGCAGGAGACAUAUAUGGAACUAAAGGCGUCUGGCAAGGUGACCAAUCUGCAUGUGACUUCAAAUUGGCUGCGAACCUAUCAAAUACUUCCAAAUCGCACGCAUCCCGAAGUCAACAUGAGUGGCAACAGCGGCUAUCUCUUGACUGGCUACACUCUGAGCUAAUUAUUGACACCGAUUGUGUUUUAUACACUACGUAAAGAGUAUAUUAUUCGAUGAAUGCAGUCCACAUCCAUUUAAUAAAUCGAAUUUUUGAUAAUAUCAUGCAACAUU